AUGAAUACUAAUGCAUUCAACGAUACUCACUCUUCGAGCAACGCAGCCAACUACAAUACCUACAAUACGAAGUAUUCCAACGCGAGCAUCACCACAACAGACGCAAAUGCGAAACUCGCGUAUCAGCCUAACACGGCACAGACAACCUCUUCACACACGUCGAAUUUUCCAUCCUACGACUACGGCCGAGGCGACACCACGUCCCAGAACAGGAAUCUAUCUUACACCCCAAACAAUAACCCACGGUCCGGACAACUGUACAACGCCCAAUCCCAAACUCGUAAUACCCAGUCCUACAGCAACAACAACAAUACCGAUACAUCAACUGCGAACCCCUACGCUCAAUCAUCGUUGGCAGCAUCACAACAGGCUUCUACGCUGCCUUCGUUCAACUCGCGAGCUUCAGCGAAAAGCAGUCAAACUAGGUCGUCCACGAGGCCCGAAGACCAGCAGCAGCCACAGCAGCCACAACAGCCGCAGUCCUACGGCUCGUACUCCUCCCAGACGCAGCAGCAGCCUCACCAGCCGGACCAACACAACUGGUAUGGUUUCGGCUCGGGUACUACUACCUCGUUCACGCCGGCCAAUGUUUCUGGAGGGUACGCAACUAGAGACAACGCUCCCACUAACCACGGAGCUAGCUCGAGGGGUUUCAACCAGGCAUACCAGCAACAGCAGCAUCAUAGUUCUGUCACCAUGCCGGGCCACAACUAUGCCGAGGGCGAUAGUGACAUUUACGAGCUGCUGAAGAACUCUAUCCACGGCCCUGGCCAAUGA